AGCUAGGCUGGCCUCCGCCACAGUCCUGGCGCCCGGUGUUCCCACGCUCUCCGCUCGAGAGCCGAUUCCAGGUGCGGUCGAGGCCGGGACCGCUCGGCUUGCGCGCUUCUCUGCCCGACGCGCUCCAUGCGGCCACUCAACAUGUCGGGGCACUUUCUGCUGGCUCCCAUUCCUGAGUGCUCCUCCGACUACCUCCUACCCAAAGACAUCAAGCUAGCGGUGUUGGGAGCCGGGCGUGUAGGAAAGAGCGCAAUGAUUGUGCGCUUCCUCACCAAGAGAUUCAUUGGCGACUAUGAGCCGAAUACAGGCAAGUUGUAUUCACGUCUCGUCUAUGUGGAGGGAGACCAGCUAUCUCUGCAGAUCCAGGACACUCCUGGGGGCAUCCAGGCCCAAGACAACCUCAGCCAGGCCAUUGAUUCUCUAUCCAAGUGCGUGCAGUGGGCCGAGGGCUUUCUUCUUGUCUAUUCCAUCACAGACUAUGACAGCUACCAGUCCAUCCGGCCCCUUUAUCAGCAUAUCCGGAAGGUUCAUCCUGAUUCUAAAGCCCCUGUCAUCAUAGUGGGCAAUAAGGGGGACCUUCUGCAUGCCCGGCAGGUACAAACGCAUGAUGGUAUUCAGCUAGCCAAUGAGCUAGGCAGCCUAUUCCUUGAAAUUUCCACUAGUGAAAACUACGAAGACGUCUGUGAUGUGUUUCAGCAUCUUUGCAAAGAAGUGAGCAAGCUGCACAGCCUCAGUGGGGAGCGGAGAAGGGCCUCCAUCAUCCCCCGGCCUCGCUCUCCCAACAUGCAGGACCUGAAGAGACGCUUCAAGCAGGCUCUGUCUUCCAAAGUAAAAGCACCCUCCACCUUGGGGUAAAACAUCUCAGACAGACUGACGUCCUUUUUAUUAUGCAUUUGUGCAGCUACAAAGACUGGACCUCUCCCUUUUUAAUCACACAUUCAGAGUUUAUUUUUAUAAAGACUUUAUUGGUUUCCAAGUGUAUGUGUGUUACUAAAAAUUCAAACUGAUUGCCUAGAAGUUGGGUAGUUUUUUUAAAUAAAA